AUGGCUGCAUCCGACAUAUCCAUCCUCCCCAUCGCCACCGUCCAACACGACUUUCCUACUGUAUUGUCUGAAAUACACUCUGGUGCCAUCCCCUCCGAAUCAAUCUGGCUUUCAUGCUACAAACACGGCGAGACGUCGGUCCAUGGCAAGAUCGAGGCUGCGCUCGAUGAUCAUGACCGGGAGCGGGUCGCGUUUAGCCCCUCAGAUGGUGUGGAGCUCGAGAGAGUGAGCGAUUAUCAGUAUAAGGUGGGAUGCCUCUCGUUAGGUGUUGACGCGCGUGAGACGGCGUUUGUCGUCCCGACGCAGACGUACGCAGACCCAAUUUACUCAGACUUUCAGCGCCCUCAUCAGAUCCCCACAUUCGCGCUGUCUCGACACUUCUCUACCUCAGACCCACCUAUUCUUGCAACAGGCCAUACCGACGGAGCCGUUUCCAUCUACAUGCUCCCAUCGACGAAAGAGAACGCGCGGCAGACGGCAUACGCUUCGCCAGUAUCGCAUGCGGUCUCCCCAUACGCGACUGGAAAGCUGCACAAAUCGACUGUCACCGCCCUCCACUUUAUUCCAGGACUAGAGUCAGCCCCACUGCUUGCCUCUGCUGGUAUCGACUUUGCCAUCCAUAUCACCCUGCUACCGACUUCCGCGCACGCAUCUGCGCUGAGUUCUCCCCUGAGACUCUCCUCCAGCACGGAGUUGAAGGGUCACACACGUGCCAUCACUGCGCUACUCCCUCUGACGUCAUCCGACCCAUUCUAUACUCCCGAAUUAGCACCCACACUGCUCUCCGCAUCUACGGACGGCACGCUCCGUCUAUGGGAUGUGCACGUGGGGAAGCAAACGGCGAUGUGGGGCACGAGUGGAUGGAAGGGCGCAAACGCACUCGCGACCGGCGCGAACGCACCUGGGGGCGCCUCUCAUUCUCUCGCACUUGUGUACGCGGCGCUUUCGACAGGGGGCGUGGAAGCGUUCGACGUGCGUGCGCGCACAUCUGCAGCGCGUGCCGAGGUGCAGGGAAGUACGUCGGCAGCGACUGCGAUCGCGGUUCAGGGUGGGGCAAUGGCGGUAGGGUCUUCCGAUGGGGUCGUGCGUCUGUGGGACUUGCGAGCGCUAGACGCACCGCGGGCUGUAUGGAAGCGCGGAGGUGCGGGCGUCUCGGGCGUGGCGUUUCUCGAUAACAAUGAGGACGGGGAGGAGGCGGUUGUGGUGAGCAGUGAAGACGGCUUGCCGUACGCCGCUGCGGUGCGUGAUCGGGAGGUACGUGUGAGGGCUGAGCUGGUGUUCGGAGACGUGGAGGCGGUGCGGUGCGUUAGGGUAGAAGGGGACGAGGUGUGGAUGUCCGGCGACGGCGGUGUUGUAAGGAAAUAUGUACUCUGA